CUUUGUGACGCUGACUCGUACAGAGGUUCUGAUACAAUGAGCCGAAUUGCCCAGUGAAAGUUCUGUGGCGUUAGCAGCUUCUCAGAGCCCUCAGCCAUAACCUCCGGCUAGAAGUAUAAAAAUAACAGUUACUAUUACAGAAAACGAGUUUUAAACGAUUAUAGGAUAGUCGCCUCAAACUUCAGCCUUGUUUUGUGUCGCUGAAUUAUUUUGGGGCUUCUCUUUUUCCCCUUGUUCGUCUGUGUAAUGAAAGAUAGGAAGCAUUUGGCGACACGAUGAAAACGGAAAUCUCAACAGCUGCGAAUUUUGUCACUAGUUUGCUGAGGACGACUGGGCUCUUAACUGAAGAGCAGCUUCAGCACUUCAGCCUAUCACUGGAGGAAGCACUGCUCGGGCACUAUCAGCACCACUGGUUUCCUCAGGCCCCUUGCCGAGGGUCUGGCUACAGAUGCCUCCGCAUCAACCACAAAAUGGACCCUUUAAUAGGCAAAGCUGCCUGUGCUGUCGGACUUUCACGAGAGCAGCUUUUCGCUUUGCUUCCAAGAGAGCUAACGCUGUGGGUGGACCCCUAUGAAGUGUCAUAUCGAAUAGGUGAAGACGGAUCCACUUGUGUUCUGUACGAGUCUUCGGUAUCUCAGCCUAGGACUGCCAGCUCGACAGAUAAAGGACCCAGUUGCAAAGGGGCACUGAGAACUGGACAGUCAAGCCCAUCCAAGCAGUUUAAAAUGAUGACUGCCUCGGGCUGAUCAGUUAGCUUUUGUACUGGACACCCUCACUUUGCUGUAAAUUCUACCCCUCUUUAAAACAUUAAACACUUUAAACUCUGA